UGGAGGUGGCGCAGCCUCUGGGCCUUAACCUGGUAAGCGCCUGCCAGAGAGUCUCAGCUACCUAAGCCACCUAGUUUCCCCAUCCCUCUGUUGUCGGAGCCGAGGCCCCGCCUCUGCGGAGUCGCCCCAGGGUUAUAUUGGGCUGGGAGGAAGGUGGAGGUCAGACUUAGCUGCAGCCGGCUAGCGCGGAGAUGCUGCUCGAGAGGCGGAAGACUGGAAGGCAGCUGCUUAAGCCACAGCCUCAGGGACUCGGCUCCUCGAGCGCUCAAGGCUGAAGACACCGGACUUUCCCCCAAGGGUGGCGCGCACAACAGCCUGCACCAUUUCCGUGCCCGAAGUCUCCUGCAGAGGACCUGGAAAGUCCAUUGAAGAAACCCUCCUGAUCUCUUGGAACCAGAGCAGAUGCGUACGUUUCUUCCAGCAGGAAAUCUCAAGGCCCUGGUGUCUGGAAACGAGAGGUUGAAACCGCACCCCGGCACACAUUCACCCCGAAUUCUCUUAUCCUGGAACUGAAGACAGCGCCCACCCAACUCCUUCCUCUCUGCCGCUCUUAGUGCACCCAAUAAGCACAACCCCUCCAAAGAAAAAUUCCAGCGGAAGAGGACUCUCCUAUGGUAAAGUGACUGUCUCUCGCCAAGAGGGGGGAGCGCUCUCGUUAGAGGAAGUCAAGGACUCCGGGCGCCGAAAUCACCACCACUGCCUUUUUGCACCAGCUUCCCAAGACCACUCAGAGAAAAAGGGUAGGGUGCUGGGCAGGGACGGGGUGCGCGGGCAUGAAGCUGGAGGUGUUCGGCCCCCCCGAGGCCCACGGGGACAAGCCGGGUAGUGACCUGGAGGGCGCAGGCGGUAGCGACGCACCCUCUCCGCUGUCGGCAGCCGGCGAUGACUCGCUGGGUUCGGACGGGGAGUGUGUGGCCAACAGCCCAGCUGCGGGAGGCAACAAACGGAAGGCGAGAGGAGAACCUGCGGCCGAGGAGGAGGGCUCGGCAGCUGCGACGUCUGGGGUCGUGGAGGCGGGAGCUUCGGGGCCCGUGACGGAGAGCGCAGCGGUCGGUGAGGGCGGGCGCAGCAAGCCGUACACUCGGCGGCCCAAGCCCCCGUACUCGUACAUCGCGCUCAUCGCCAUGGCCAUCCGUGACUCCGCGGGCGGGCGCCUGACGCUGGCCGAGAUCAAUGAGUACCUCAUGGGCAAGUUCCCCUUCUUCCGCGGCAGCUACACAGGCUGGCGCAACUCCGUGCGCCACAAUCUGUCGCUCAACGACUGCUUCGUCAAAGUGUUGCGCGACCCCUCGCGGCCUUGGGGCAAGGACAACUACUGGAUGCUCAACCCCAACAGCGAGUAUACCUUCGCCGACGGGGUCUUUCGCCGCCGCCGCAAGCGCCUCGGCCACCGGGCGGCGGCCCUGGCACCAGGUCUAGGGCGGGAGGAGGCUGUUGCCUCGCCUCUGGCUCCCGCCGCCCUGGGCUCUCCCCAAGCUAGGUCCCCCACCCUUCAGGAGGGGCACGCCAGCCCCGUGGGCAAAUUCUCCAGCUCCUUUGCCAUAGAUAGCAUCCUCAGCAAGCCUUUCCGCAGCCGUCGAGACGGAGACUCGGCCCCUGGAGUGCGGCUGCCGUGGGUCGCCACGCUCUGCCCUCCGAUGCCCGCAUAUCCCGCAGUCCACCCCAGCGCGUCAGGCGGGGCAGUACUGCCUCUCUGCGGCUGUGGUGUGGCGGAGCCAGCGUCUUAUCUCCUGCUUGCGCCCGUCGCCUCGACCCCUGCCAAGCCUUUCUCGGCGACCGGCUGCGACGCGCACCUGUACUGCCCCCUGAGGCUGCCCGCAGCCCUGUAGUCAGCCUCCGCCGGGGGCCGGGGCCCGGGGCCGCACCCGCCCUGCCCUAUGGAGACGCUCCUGGCCUGAGCAGCGCGUCUGAGCCCCACCGGGGUUCCCGCCAUCGAGGACGUUAUUGCAGGUUCAGGGCUUUGCACUUUCUCUCCACAGAAAAAGAAACUUUAAAAGAAAACGCUCCAUCAAACAUGCCUUAAAGCUAAAGAUUUUUGACAUAAGUGCUUUAACUUAGUCCAGAAUAUUUCCUUCCUCUUUUGUAACUUGACAGAAGACCAAAGCAAAUUUUCAGAACUGUUAGCAUUUCUUUACCAAGCCUGUACCCUAUCUCCCUCCCACCCUUCACAGACUUUUCCUCUAUUCUUACUGCCCAGGCACCCCUUCACCUCUACUAUUUUUGUCGCACUUUCCAUGGAUUUGUUACUAACAAAAAACGAGAAAGAAGCACAUCAGGGAACUAUUCCAUAUGAUAAAUGAUAUGACUACUGUUUGGGGUUUGUUUAUUGGGCCCCUGUUCCAUGAGUACGUAUGUGUAAUUUACAGGUAUGACUGAAUGUGAGAGAGGUGUCACAGAAUCUUAAGUCAUUUCCCUGCUAUUGACCAAUGCUUCACUGUGCCAAAAUAUUUUAUAUAUUUGGGUUUUGUAAUUAAAUUAUUUAUAUUUUUUGAAAUCUGAAUUGAAAAUGUUGCAGGCAAUGGGCUACAGCUUUAUUAAUGGCUUGGUGAUCUCUAACUGUGGCCUCCUUGGGCCAAGCAAUUCCUUUAAAGGAAAAGUUAACAUUAUGUAGGUGGGGUGCCAGGGCCACUGCCAUGUGAAAGCAAGUGUGAUUUUUAUUUUUAAUAUUAUUUUAUUUGUAUCUAUGUACAUAGUCAUGUAUGAAUUUUAUGAAACCCAGGUAUAAUGCUUAUUUUUAAAUAAAACUCGCAACUGACUUUUAAUGCUUUGUAGUAACAGGAGGUGGUGAGUUUUUAACCACCACUCCCCAAAAAUCUGUUCAGGUUUGAUUCUCUAGAAACUUCCAUGUGGGCCAUAAUAUUUUCCUGAAUGACUCAUUAAUGGUAGAGGAAUUCUGCAAGUUUCCUUACCU